UUUAACGAGGAGGUCGAAAGCAAACGAUGCUACUUUACAAGCCUAAGUAAUGAAAUUCUCCUUUACGUUUCACUUUACGUCGAUACAAAAUCGGUAAUAAGACUUUGCCAAACUUGCCGACGCCUUCGCGAUGGCAUCAUGCAGAGCGACCCGUUGUGGAAGGAACGCCUUCGAAGAGACUUCGAGCUUGAUCUACAAAUAAGACAUCCGUUCAAGUCAUUUUACGAAAUAUAUAAACUAGUUUCAAUGUCUCGAACAGUGACAAAAAUCUAUCUCUCAGAGAGGUUUUACUCUUCGGGCAAAUACGGAUAUUUACCUGGUUGGUUAUGGACUUGGGUGAUAUUAAACACUAGCGCGCCUGAACUUCCUUCAUGGAUUCGAAAUCACAGAGAAGCAUUUCUACGCAUCAAAGUUAGCGAGAUGCCUCUCGGACGAAUACAGCGCGUUUGGAAUUUAGCUGCAGGGGAUUUUUCUGGAGUUCGAGAGGUUAGGAACGAAAGAGGAACUAUCUAUUACAGUUGGUCUGAUGUUCAUAAAGUAUUUUUUACAAAGUAUGGCGGACUAGCGGAACUAACCGCGCAUUCAUUGAAAAGAUGCUCGCGUGCGAAAAAACAUCUCGAGAGAAGUUAUACAGAACUCACCGCUCCUGAAAGGUCAACUCAAAACCAGUCAGCUGAGCAGAGCUUCAUUGCAGUGCUGCCCCAAGAGUUUUUCGCCGCCAGCUGUAGGCUUAAUCAUCUAUUCCAGCCCUUAUAA